ACACUAAACAAUCUGGAAAAACGAAUUGGGGGCACGGACCACUUCGGCCUGUCCAUGGUCUAGCUCGGGCCGCCGAGGCCCACCAAUAUGGAUUGGAACGACCCACGCAGGCCUCGCCGUAGAGAAGACCCGGAGACGCGCAACCAACAUCACAGCACUCGAGCGCGCGCGCGGCCCACCGCUCCGCCGCCAUGCGAGGGCUCCUCUCCUCUUCCUCCGCUCUCCUCCGACGAGCCGCCGCCCAGCUCUCGCGCGCGGAGUGCGGUAGCGCCUCAGCAUCCGCGCCCUCUCCUCUCCCCCGCUCUCCCCUCCAGAAUGGGAAAAGAGAGACAUUUUGUUCGUUUUGGUACAAAGGUCGUUCGAUGUCAACCACAGUUGAUAUGCAGUUAGACUACGAGAGCGAUCCCCCGCUUGACGGUGCAAAAGCUAUCGAGAAGGAGUCGUCACUUAAUAUUGCUGUCUCUCAACUCGCAAGUGACUUUGAUAGAGAAUCCAAUUUAUGUUUGGAGCGAUUUUCCCGUACAAGGAAAGCAUCUGUAGUCUCUACUGGUUCUCUUAAGCUUGACCUCGCGCUCGGUGUUGGAGGAUUACCAAAGGGUAGAAUGGUGGAGAUAUAUGGGAAAGAAGCAUCUGGGAAGACAACACUAGCACUUCAUGUUGUCAAGGAAGCUCAAAAGAAUGGAGGUUAUUGUGCUUAUAUUGAUGCAGAGAAUGCCUUUAACCCUUCAUUUGCUGAAGCUAUUGGUGUAGACAGUGAAAGGCUCUUGAUAGCCCAACCUGAUUCUGCUGAAAAUUCUUUAAGCAUUGUAAACAGUCUUGUUGGUGGAUCUGUUGCUGUUGUUGUUGUGGAUAGUGUGGCAGCACUUAUUCCCAAGUGUGAAAUUGAAGGUGAAAUAUACACAAAUUCUGAAGACAUCCAAUCCCGUUUGAUGACUCGGGCGCUUAGAAAAAUUCAGUACACUCUAUGUCGCUCUGAAACACUUAUUAUUUUUGUGAAUCAGGUUAGAACAAAGAGGACCUCAAAAAAUUUUCCUGGGAUCUACAAGGAGGUGCCUUGCGGUGGUAAUGCAUUAGGGUUCUAUUCUGCAGUUAGAAUGAGGACUUCAAGAAGAGAACUGCGCUAUAGUGAAGACGAGGCUACUGGCAUAGGUAUAUCAGUGCAGAUCAUCAAGAAUAAAUUGGCUCCAGCGAGCCUGAAGGAAGCCGGCAUCGACAUCAGAUUUGGCAAAGGGAUCUGCCAUGAAUCAGAAAUCCUGGAGGUGGCUUCUUCCGUCGGAGUUAUCCUGAAAGAUGGGUGUGGGUAUUGGAUCAACAAUGUGUUCCUGACGGGCAAGUUGGAAGCUGAGAAGUUCCUACGUGAGAACGCUGCAGUGGCAGAUGAGAUCUGCAGUACCGUGAGAAAUGAGCUCUUGCAUAGGUGACAUACGAAGGCCACUGGAAGUUGGCUCUGACUCGGGUUGACUAGGUGCAGUUAUCGUAUUAAUUGGGGCACACUGCACCUCCAAGCAACCAUUUUAAGUAGCUGCCGGUUUAUGAAUACCCUUACAGCCUUACUCUAUGAUAUGAUGGAAGUAAAGCUAAGCGACGGCGACCAAUUAGAGAGGCUAAUGUAUUGUGAGUCGGUCUGUCUUGAUCCCUUCAUGAAUCAUGAGGCAUUGAGAUGGAAAUGUUGUACAAUCAUGUAUUCGUAGAUUUCUAUAGGAUAUUGCUGUGCCUGUUGUGUAACUUUGACUUGGCAACAGUUAAUUGAGUUUACGAAGGCCAUUAAUAUUCCCUCCAAA